AUGACUCAAGGUUCUAGAUUAUACUUUGCAGUGGCUGUUCUGAUGUGUGCGUUUGCCUCCAUCAAUGGUGUCGGUCUGAAUGAUUUACUGGAGCGAGCCUCUCAACUUUCAGACAAACUUCACUCACUCAGCACUUCUCUCACCAAUGACCUGGAUUCUCACUUUCCUCCUGUUGGCAGGGUAAUGAUGCCUCGUCCAUCGAUGUGCCACACUUCCUCUCUUCAGAUUCCCAAUGACAAAGACCAAGCCUUGAAAAUACCGGAGGAUGAGUUGCUGUCUUUGGCUCGGUCUCUGCUGCUGGCGUGGUCCGAUCCCUUCGCCCUUCUCUCCUCAGAGGCAUCCAGCUUGGCACAUCCAGAACGCAACACCAUUAAUAGCAAGACCAAAGAACUGCAAGACAACAUCAGCAGCCUGGGAGCGGGUCUGGAGCACGUCUUCCAAAAGAUGGACUUAUCUUCAGACAACCUGUCCUCUCUCCCUUUUUACACCAGCAGCCUUGGCCAGGAUAAAACUUCUCGACUUGUCAAUUUCCAUUUCCUGCUGUCCUGUUUCCGCAGGGACUCUCACAAAAUUGACAGUUUCCUCAAAGUUCUCCGCUGUCGGGCGGCCAAGAAGAGACCUGAGAUGUGUUAGAGAGAAAACGCUGUGCUCUGCUUCUCUCAGUGUGGAUGUUAAGUUAAAAUGGCAGAGCUGUGAGCGAUUUGAAAAUCAAAUGGUAAAAUAUGCUCGUUAUUGUUUGUUUCAAAGAUGCAGAUAUUUGAUUCGCUUGAAUAAAGACCCGGAAGAACAUCAUAGAUUACUCUAAUACCAAAGAUAAAAGACACCAAAAUAAAUAAAUGAAUGGAAAAAGAAAUUAAAAUUGAAAAACAGCCAGGUUAUGCAAAAUGUCUGUAUGCAGUGAUACUGUAUAAUGAAUAAAUGUGUCAUAUAUUGAAAUGUUUGACUACAGUUUGAUAAGACAUUUGUAUAUUUAACUAAAGCGUAUUUAUUGAGGAAACUAUUUUGGAUGGUUAACACCACUAUUUUAACAUCAUCUUCUGUAAUGUGAUAUUUAAAGCUUUGCACCAAUGUCAAUA